UGGCCAAGCCUGGAUUCCCAUGGCCCCCGACCUGGGUCCUCCCCCAGCCUCUGCACGGAGUAGCCUGGGAGUGGAGCCAUCUCCACCCCUCAGGCAUAAAUAGGCCUGUUGGGCUCACCAGGGGAUAGCUGUGCUUGUCUGCGCUGAGGCUGAAGGGCACAGAGGCGAGCGCUCAGAUCAAUGAUGACUCCCACAGGGAUAGGCCCGAAGGCCACUGUCUUCUGCAUCCUGACCUGGAUCAGCCUGACAGCUGCGGACCGCGUGUACAUCCACCCCUUCCAUCUCCUCUACUACAGCAAGAGCAGCUGUGCCCAGCUGGAGAACCCUAGUGCAGAGACACCCCCAGAGCCGACCUUCGCGCCUGUCCCUAUUCAGGCCAAGACCUCCCCUGUGGAUGAGAAGACCCUUCUCGAGCAGCUUGUGCUGGAAACUGAGAGGCUGGAUGACGAGGAUCGGCAGCGGGCUGCCCAGGUCGCGAUGAUAGCCAACUUCAUGGGCUUCCGCAUGUACAAGCUGCUGAGCGAGGCCGGCGGCGUGGCCAGCGGGGCCGUCCUCUCCCCGCCAGCUCUCUUUGGCACCCUGGUCUCUUUCUACCUCGGAUCCUUGGAUCCCACCGCCAGCCAGCUGCAGGCGCUGCUGGGAGUUCCCGUGAAGGCGGGAGAAUGCACCUCCCGGAUGGAUGGGCACAAGGUCCUCGCUGCUCUGCGGGCCAUUCAGGGCCUGCUGGUCACCCAGGGCGGGAGCAGCAGCCAGGCACAGCUGCUUCAGACCAUGGUGGUGGGGCUCUUCACAGCGCCGGGCCUGCGCCUGAAGCAGCCUUUCGUUCAGAGCCUGGCUCCCUUUGCCCCUGCCAUCCUCCCACGCUCUCUGGACUUGUCCACUGACCCAGGUCUUGCUGCUGAGAAAAUCAGGAGGUUCAUGCAGGCUGUGACAGGGUGGAAGAUGAACUUGGCACUGGACAGGGUCAGCACAGACAGCACCCUACUUUUCAACACCUACGUUCAUUUCCAAGGUGAGGCAAACCCGUGGGUCUGCACGGGCCCUGGUUUGAACCAUGGAUGGCAUCUGGGCUUCCAAGGGAAGAUGAAGGGCUUCUCCCAGCUGGCCGGACUCCACGAGUUCCGGGUGGACAACAGCACCUCCGUGUCUGUCCCCAUGCUCUCGGGCACCGGCAACUUCCAGCACUGGAGUGACUCGCAGAACAACUUCUCUGUGACGCGCGUGCCCCUGGGGGAGAGCGCCACCCUGUUGCUGAUCCAGCCGCACUGCACCUCAGAUCUAGACAGGGUGGAAGCCCUGGUCUUCCAGCAUGACUUCCUGACUCGGAUAAAGAACCCGCCUCCUCGGGCCAUCCGCCUGACCCUGCCCCAGCUGGAAAUCCGGGGAUCCUACAACCUGCAGGACCUGCUGGCCCAGGCCAAGCUGCCCACCCUUUUGGGGGCUGAAGCAAAUCUGGGCAAGAUUGGUGACAGCAACCCCAGAGUGGGAGAGGUUCUCAACAGCGUCUUCCUUGAGCUCAAAGCCGGAGAGGAAGAGCAGCCGACAGCGCCCGCCCAGCAGCCUGGCUCACCUGAGGCGCUGGAUGUAGCCCUGAGCAGCCCGUUCCUGUUCGCCAUCCACGAUCGGCACUCGGGCGCCCUGCACUUCCUGGGUAGGGUGGACAGCCCUCAGAGCGUGUGAGGCCCGGUGCCACGGGGGCCCUUGCGUGCAGCCGAGGCAAGGCCAGCGUCAGAGGGCCAUCCUGGACAAGAACCAGUGCUGUCACCCCUCCAUCGAGGCCGAGGCUGUCUCCUUGGAGACUGCACCGAUAAUAAACAGUGAGCACCAGAGCUGGCCUCCUGGGCUGUGGGUUUGUUUGGAAGCUGGGGUGAGAGCCAGCAGCUGGCACGCUGCACAGGACUGCCACUGUGCAAAGAAUCUGGAUCAAACAACUGUUUGUGAAACCAAAAAGCCUCCCCUUUUUUUCAAGAACAGAAAUUGGGUUUUCACAUUAAAAUACCCAUUGUCCCCUCA